CACAUGUGGGCUUAAAAUUGGACCUCAAUUGGGCCUUAUGUUCAACCAUCUCCGUGGAGAACCAAGCUACAAAUGCAACUACAUGGGAGAAGAGAUAAUGAAGCCACCACUUCUAAAAUUUAUUAAAAUGUGUGUUGUAUACAAGGACAAGUUCGACCAUGUUUGA